AAUUACAGUAUUGCGCUUCAAUAGGAUCACCGAGUAGUGGCAGUGCCGCGUCACGGCGCAGAGGCCUCACGCCGCCACUUGUGUCCUAUUCAACGAUUGUUAGUGCCUAACCAAAUUGUUGCCAAAGAUAUGUAAUUUGUGCUCAUAUAUGUAUCGCGUGUUUGGAAUUACAUAAAAGAGAGAACCGUGGCUUGUGUACUUUUUGAGUCACAAAUCACGUGGCAAUCGUAAACUUUCAGCUAUUACUUGUUAUUUAUACGUAUAUUUUCGUAAGAUCUGCUGGGGUAUAAACUUAAAUAUUAUGAAAAAUCCAGCUAAAACAAUAAUGAUAACUUUUUGUCGUCAAAUUUCAUUCGCGGAAAAAUUAUAUUGUGUACAACAAACUCAUAGGGCAAAAACUGGUGGCUUUAUUAAACGUCGCGCACGUGUCUUGAAGUUUGAAGGAAGCAUCCCACGAGCUGCAAUACGUGUUUAAACUGUUCAAGUGAAACAUAAAAUUGCAAUAUGCUACAAACAACUACUUUAACGAACUUCCUAUCUGGACACUUCUAUACGAUCCUAAAUAUGGGCAUCGUCGUGUGUACGUUCGUAGAAUCUUAUAUGUUUCCGUUCGCUAUCAUCAAAUGGAUGAUAAUACUCGCCAAAUACAAAGACGUCGGGAAUUUGUUAAAAGGGUGUUUUGCGAGUUCUGUUACGCCUUCACGGUCGCGGUAUAAUUACACAUUGAAACUAAUGACUAUGUGCAGUAGUCAGAGAAUUGAGGCACAAACUGUGACGAAAAAUGAAUCUUAUGUGAGCGUUGUUAUGGAAAGCGAUAGAGGAGAAGCGUAUGAUGAUAUUCAGUUGACCUAUUGUGGACAGGAUUGUCAACGAAUACCUCCUGCGCUAUGGAAAAUGUACGGUGACAAAGUCAGAUAUUUAGACCUUAGCUACAACAGCAUCGAAACCUUGAAAGGCCUGGAGCAAUUCCCACGACUGGACGAGCUGAUACUGGACAACAAUGAGAUAGGGGACGGCGUCGGGUUCCCCUCGCUGCCUCAUUUGCGGACGCUCUCCCUCAAUAACAACCGGAUUACGGACCUGGAGGGAUUCGUGAAUAAAAUCAGUGAAUGCUGCCCGUCCUUAUCAUAUCUAAGCCUCCUUAGCAACAAAGCCUGUCCCAACCAACUUUCGGACCUUGAUAAAGAUGAAUCCGAUUAUCAAAGAUACAGAUACUUCGUAAUAUAUAAGCUGAGCAACCUACGCUUCCUGGAUUCCCGGCGAGUAAGCGCAAGCGAGCGCGCGCAGGCGGAGACGCGGGGCUCCUUCAUGCGCGUGCGGCGCCCGCUGCCCGAGCCCGAAGACACCAGGCCCCGGGCCGCGGGGAGAGUGCGACCUCUACCGGUGGACUUUAGCGCGUUGGGCAAACACAGAGGAGCCUACGGCAAAUGCAACUACAAGUACACCGGCAAGCACUCGGAGGGCAACAGGUUUAUCGUAAACAGCGACCUGUGAUAUCGACACUACCGUAUCACUAGAGUUGUCAAGUGAAAUUGAUUUUAGGGAUUUGGGGUCAUACAUACUUGUUUUAUAUUUCAGUGUGCAGUGUGAUGCGCGAGCAUGCUAUAGGUACUAGUAAUAUAGGGACAACACAUUUUGUAGACUAGCGGCCCGAAUCGAACUUUAAGAUACGUCAAUUAUUAGGUCUAGAUACGAUUAAAAGUGACGUUUUUGUUGGAAGAAACGUCACUUUUGACACUGGCAUAUCCAAUCCAUAUCGUAUCUAGAGCAUUGAGGUACUAAUCUAGAUCCCUAAUAUUUGACGUAUCUCAAAGUUCGAAUCGGACCAUGGGUGUAUAUUUCGCAUAAAAUCAGCAGUAAAGCAAAUGUUUGAUCAUUAUUACGUCCUAAAAUAAACAUCUGGCUUGGCCAAAUUUGGUUUAUUAUAGAGAUGGGCCGAAUAUUCGGUAAUUAUUCGAUAUUCAGCAAGUUUUCCAUUCUUUGUAUUCGGCUGAAUUAUUCGGUUUCAGUGCCGACUAUUUGGCAAAUAUUAUCAUUUUUUUUAACAAUCAGAUACACUCCAAAUUUUAUUUUAUAAGUUACGCUUCCGGCAGGACUUGAACCCGCAACCUCCGCAAUCCGUGCGUUUGCUCUUAACCAACUGAGCUACGGAAGCCUACCAGAACCUCGCAAAUCUUUCCAUACCUUCCCUUAUAUACAGGGUGAUCAAUCCAAAACGGUCAGUAUGGAAAAGUCAGUAACUCUGAGAGAUAGCCACAUCUGUUCUUAGGAAUCAUGGCUUCGAUUUUAAAUUUGAUAAUAAUGACAUUCAAUCUUUUUAUAUUUACUUAUACUUUUUAUAUUUAAUUAUGCAAAAAAAUACUAUCUACACGCGAAUACAUAAAGAUUGACCAGGUUCGAUUCCUGGUUAUGUAUGAGAGAUUAAAAAUGGAAUUGAAUUGAGUAAUUAUUAUUAAAUUUAAAAUCGACGCCAUGUUUCCUAAGAACAGAUGUGGCUAUAUCUCAUAGUUUCUGACUUCUCCAUACUGACCGUUUUGGAUUGAUCAACCUGUAUACACGCCUUUGGGGUGGCGUAGAGCAACAUCUACCGAAAAAUGAUAUUUUUUAUUUAUUUUAUUAUUUAAAUAUUAUGUUUGUCUUGCUACAACAUACGACACUGUAAAAAAAUUAUCCAAAACUUUUCAAUUAUGGAAGAUAUUAAGUCCAUAGCAUGUUUUGAUUAUUUAGAGAGUGAUAAGAUUUGUUUGCGAGUCCCUUGCCUUUUCACUUGUUUGUUUCUGGAGAAUUUUAUUGGUAGCGAGCGAUUCAUCCUUAGCUGAAUUCAAAUGUAAUUAAAGCGUUUUCAAAUUAUUUAUUAAACUUUAUUAUUAUGUUACAGAUGAACCGACUAAUUCAGCCGAAUAAGAGUUGAAACGAAAAUUCAGCCGAAUAUUCGUAUUCGACAAACUAUAUUCGGCCCAUCUCUAGUUUAUUAUUCAAAGUUCAAACGAAAAUUACUUCAGGCAUAAGGAAAUUAGGUGUACGAGAAUAUAAAUAAUUUUGUCUCUGUGGAAAGGUAUUUAAAAACCACUUUAUAUAAUUAUUUUGAGCAGCUGUCACGAUCUCAUUGCCAUUGUUAGUUUCUGAUCACAAGCUGCCACAUAGGAGCAUUUAUUUUAAUUGUUUGUUUUUUUAUUGUUAUUGUCGGAUAAUUUACUUACUAUGUAAGAAUGCGUGUAACGUACACAAUCAUGUUAUUAUGGAUGUAUGUUCAAUACUUACUUCAAUAAACAAAUUAUUCAUCA